GAAAUGAAUGGUGGAAACAUAACCAAAGUAACAGAAAUUCUUCUACUUGGAUUCAAAAAUGUCCAGAAACUCAGAGGCCCAUUAUUCGUUUUACUUCUUUUGGUGUACUGUGUGACCGUGUGUGUAAACAUCUUGAUCAUUAUACUUGUAUCAACCAGCAAAAGCCUUCACUCCCCCAUGUACUUCUUCCUCAGCCAACUCUCAUUAGCAGACAUCCUGCUGACCACAGAUAUCAUCCCUAUUGUCCUUGUAAGUGUAUUGAACGAUGGGUUGGUUAUGUCCUUCACCGGUUGUAUUACUCAGUUUUAUGUUUUUGGUGGCUCCGAAUCAUCAGAAUGUUUCAUAUUAACUAUAAUGGCUUAUGACAGGUACUUAGCCAUCUGUAACCCGCUCCGAUAUACCUUGAUGAUGAACUUCACGAUCUGCCUGAAAUCAGUCCUUUGUUCUUGGUUUUUAAGUUUUAGCUUCAUACUGGUGACCACGUUAAUGCUAUCUGCUCUUGAGUACUGUGGUCCCAAUGUCAUUGACCACUUCUUUUGUGAUUUUGCUCCUAUUCUAGAACUAUCUUGUUCAGAAACUUCAGCAGUUCAAUUAGAGGUUGUGUUGUUGAGCAUUCCCGUGAUGAUUUUCCCUUUGAUAAUUAUCAUGGUAUCGUAUGGAUGUAUUGUCAUGGCUAUCCUGCAGCUCCCGUCCCACAUUGACCGAUGGAAAUCUUUCUCGACCUGCAGUUCUCAUCUGACCGUUGUCUGCAUAUUCUAUGGGACGUUAAUUGUGAUUUAUAUACUUCCAACAAAAGGCUUUUCUUUGUCUAUAAGCAAAGUAAUUGCUGUACUGUACACCAUGGUGACACCGAUGCUCAAUCCUUUAAUAUACAGUCUAAAGAAUAAGGAUAUCAAAUGUGCUAUUGAAAAUUUUUCUAAAAUCUGGGCACAUCGACCACUGUAUUAA